AUGAGGUUAGAAGCCCUGCUGCUCUCUUUCACACUGCUGCACUUGGCGGGCGCCGGCUUCCCAGAAGACUCUGAGCCAAUCAGUAUUUCGCAUGGCAACUAUACAAAACAGUACCCGGUGUUUGUGGGCCACAAGCCAGGACGGAACAGCACACAGAGGCACAGACUGGACAUCCAGAUGGUCAUGGUCUUGAACAGAACCCUCUACAUUGCCGCUAGGGACCAUAUUUAUACUGUUGAUAUAGACACGUCACACACAGAAGAAAUUUACUGUAGCAAAAAAUUGACAUGGAAAUCUAGACAGGCUGAUGUCGACACGUGCAGAAUGAAGGGGAAACAUAAGGACGAGUGUCACAACUUUAUCAAAGUCCUGCUGCGGAAGAAUGAUGACACGCUGUUUGUAUGCGGGACAAACGCCUUCAACCCUUCCUGCAGGAACUACAAGAUGGAUACCUUGGAACCAUUCGGGGAUGAAUUUAGUGGGAUGGCCCGGUGUCCAUACGAUGCGAAGCAUGCCAACGUUGCCCUGUUCGCAGAUGGGAAACUGUACUCGGCCACUGUGACGGACUUCCUUGCCAUCGACGCAGUCAUCUACCGGAGCCUGGGAGACAGCCCCACCCUGCGGACCGUCAAACAUGAUUCCAAAUGGCUAAAAGAGCCCUACUUUGUGCAAGCGGUGGACCACGGCGACUACAUCUACUUCUUCUUCAGGGAGAUGGCCGUGGAGUACAACACCAUGGGCAAGGUGGUGUUCCCCAGAGUGGCACAGGUGUGCAAGAACGACAUGGGCGGCUCGCAGCGGGUGCUGGAGAAGCAGUGGACCUCCUUCCUCAAGGCCCGCCUCAACUGCUCCGUGCCCGGCGACUCACACUUCUACUUCAACAUCCUGCAGGCCGUCACCGACGUGAUCCGCAUCCACGGCCGUGACGUUGUCCUGGCAACCUUCUCCACGCCUUACAACAGUAUCCCCGGCUCUGCUGUCUGUGCCUACGACAUGGUGGACAUCGCCAAUGUUUUCACUGGACGAUUCAAGGAGCAGAAGUCCCCCGACUCCACCUGGACGCCAGUUCCCGAUGAGCGAGUUCCCAAGCCCAGGCCUGGCUGCUGUGCAGGCUCAUCCUCCCUAGAGAAAUACAGCACGUCCAGCGAGUUCCCGGAUGACACCUUGAACUUCAUCAAGACACACCCACUCAUGGAUGAAGCGGUGCCCUCCAUCAUCAACCGGCCGUGGUUCCUGAGGACGAUGGUCAGAUACCGCCUGACAAAAAUCGCCGUGGACACCGCAGCGGGGCCCUACCAGAACCACACUGUGGUGUUCCUGGGGUCGGAGAAGGGGAUCAUCUUGAAGUUCUUGGCCAGGCUGGGCAGCAAUGGCUUCCUCAAUGACAGCGUCUUCCUGGAGGAGAUGAGUGUCUACAAUUCUGAGAAGUGCAGCUACGAUGGUGUGGAGGACCGGCGGAUCAUGGGCAUGCAGCUGGACCGCGCGAGCAGCUCUCUGUAUGUGGCGUUCUCCACCUGCGUGGUCAAGGUCCCCCUGGGCCGAUGCGAACGGCAUGGCAAGUGCAAGAAAACGUGCAUCGCCUCUAGAGACCCCUACUGUGGGUGGGUGAAGGAAGGCAACUCCUGUGCCCAUCUGUCACCCAGCAGCAGGUUGGCAUUCGAGCAGGACAUAGAGCGUGGCAACACGGACGGCCUGGGAGACUGUCACAAUUCCUUCGUGGCUCUGAACGACAUGUCAACUCCUCUACCAGAUCAUGAUAUGUCUUACAACACAGUGUAUGGGCGCUCCGGCUCCGCCUUGCCCAGCAGCACCACGGCGGACGCGGCGGCUCGAGGGGGCCAUGAGUCCCGGGCAGGGCUGCCCGACUGGACAGAGCUGCUCCACCCACCUGGCAGCACAGACCCUUUGGGGCCAAUGUCUUCCCAUAACCACCAAGACAAGAAGGGAGUGAUUCGAGAGAGUUACCUCAAAGGCCACGACCAGCUGGUUCCCGUGACCCUUCUGGCCAUCGCUGUCAUCUUGGCGUUCGUCAUGGGGGCCGUGUUCUCGGGCAUCGUCGUCUACUGCGUGUGCGACCACCGGCGCAAGGAUGCGGGCUCGGCGCAGCGCAAGGACAAGGAGCUCCCACACUCCCGCCGGGGCUCCAUGAGCAGCGUCACCAAGCUCAGCGGCCUCUUCGGGGACUCGCAGGCCAAAGACCCGAAGCCCGAGGCCAUCCUCACGCCGCUCAUGCACAAUGGCAAGCUGGCCACGCCCGGGGGCACAGCCAAAGUGCUCAUCAAGGCUGACCAGCACCACCUGGACCUCACGGCCUUGCCCACACCGGAGUCCACGCCCACGCUGCAGCAGAAGCGGAAGCCCAGCCGGGGCAGCCGGGAGUGGGAACGGAGCCAGAACCUCAUCAAUGCCUGCACCAAGGACAUGGCGCCCCUGGGCUCGCCCGUGAUCCCCACGGACCUGCCGCUGCGGGCCUCACCCAGCCACAUCCCCAGCGUGGUGGUCCUGCCCAUCACCUCGCAGCAGGGCUACCAGCACGAGUACGUGGAGCAGCCCAAGCUGAGCGAGGUGGCCCAGAUGGCGCUGGAGGAGCAGGGCGCCACGCUCGAGUACAAGACCAUCAAGGAGCAUUUGAGCUGCAAGAGCCCCAGCCACGCGGUCAGCCUGGUGGAGCACCUGGACGGCCUGCCCCCUAAAGUCCCGCAGCGCGAGGCGUCGCUGGGGCCGCAGAACGGCCUGAGCAAGCGGCUGGAGAUGCACCCCUCCUCCUCCUACGGCCUGGACUAUAAGAGGAGCUACCCCACGAACUCGCUCACCCGCAGCCACCAGGUCGCUGCCCUGAAAAGGAACAAUACCAACUCCUCCAACUCCUCCCACCUCUCCCGCAACCCCAGCUUCGGCCGGGGGGACAACCCACCGCCCGCCCCGCAGAGGGUGGACUCCAUCCAGGCCCAGCCCGGGACCGUGGCCAGGCAACCGAGCCUCAGCGGCUACAGCUCCCUGAGCAGGCCGGGGCUGAAGCGCACGCCCUCGCUGAAGCCCGACGUGCCGCCCAAGCCCUCCCUGGCCCCCCUCAGCGCGCCCAUGAAGCCGGGGGACACGUGUACAUAA